UAUAAUUUAAACCCACCAACAAAGAGAACCCUCACGCCCCAAGAAAGAGAAAAAAGAUUCAGAAUCAUUCAUUCACAACAAAAAAAAAUGUACAGAACAAGCAACACAGUGAUAGGGAUAUUGAACUCACUCACGCUCUUAGCCGCCAUAACCAUAAUAGCAGGAGCUCUGGGGAUGGCCAAAUCCAACGCAACAUGCGAGCACUUUCUGCAGAAGCCGCUGCUAAUCCUGGGAUUAGCGGUCUUAAUCAUGUCAUUAGCCGGACUGAUCGGGGCAUGCUGCAACGUCGCAUGCGCGCUUUGGAUCUAUCUCUUCGUGAUGUUCCUGAUAAUCGCAGCUCUAAUGGGCUUGACCGUGUUUGGGAUUGUGGUGACAAGCCAUGGAAGUGGGGUUGAUGUUGCAGGUAGGGUUUACAAAGAGUAUAGUCUUCAAGAUUAUCAUCCAUGGUUAAGGAAUAGGGUUAGGGAUUAUAAUUACUGGAUCACUAUUAGGAGUUGCCUUUUGGGUUCCAAGGCUUGUGCCACGGUUUCUCUCUGGACUCCUCUCGAUUAUCUUCAGAAGAACCUCACUCCUAUUCAGUCGGGAUGCUGCAAACCGCCGACGGCGUGCGUCUACAACGCGGUGACGCCGGUGGAGCAGGACGCGGACUGCUACCGCUGGAGCAACGACGUGAAGGAGCUGUGUUACGACUGCGACUCGUGCAGGGCCGGCGUUCUGGAGACGGUGCGUCGCGAUUGGCGAAAACUCUCGAUCCUCAACAUCGUGGCGAUCGUCGUCCUCAUCACGAUUUACUCAAUCGGGUGGUGCGCGUUUCAAAACGCGAAACGCCCAGAGUUAGGGUUCCCGUACUGGCGCUACGGAAGGUCCAAGAGCCGACGCGGAUGGGACGAUUACUGGUGGAGAUGGUGAACCGGCGGAAGAAACCGGUUUUACUGAUAACAUGUCGUCUCAUCGUCAAAGUUCGUAUUCAGUGUUUGUAUAUAUAUUAUAUAUAUGUAUAUUGUU